UCAAUCCGCGGCUUGCAUAUCUCCAUAAUAUAAUUUCGGCCUCGCGAGCCGGCGCACGUGCCGGUUGUUAAUUAUUAUAGUGACUUUUCCGCAAACUGUGCUACUUUAAAAUUAAUAUAACGCUAAAACUGUUAAGAUGUUGAGAUCGAUUAUAUUUUAUGGUGCCCUCGUGGUUAUGGCGUUAGCUAUCGGAUUUAAGGUGUAUCUACGACACCCAUCUCUAUUGCCUCCAAUGGAUUUUGACCGCUGGUGGGGCGAUGGCCCACGACCCGAUGAUGAAGACACAUCUAUACGACCCUUUGUUAUUGUAUUUAACGAAUCGAUGGUAGAAGAUUUGAAGAGUCGUCUGAGGAACAGACGCCCCUUCACACCACCCCUGUACGGAGCCCAAUCCCAAUAUGGUAUGAAUACCAAAUACUUGGAUGAACUACUUACAUUUUGGUCCGAUGAAUACAAUUUUACGGAGAGAGCUAAAAGACUGAAUAAAUUUCCACAUUACAAAACAACAAUUCAGGGUCUCGACAUUCAUUUUAUUCAUGUGAAACCAAAGGGCAAAGGUAAGAAAGUACUGCCUUUGUUGAUGCUACAUGGUUGGCCCAGUUCUUCAAAGGAAUUCGAUAAGGUUAUACCGAUAUUAACAAAACCCAAAGAUGGAUAUGAGUUUGUAUUCGAAGUUAUUGCCGCCGAUCUUCCUGGAUUUGGCUUUUCGCAGGGAACUCGCAAGCCCGGCCUGAGUCCUCUGCAAGUAGGCACAAUUAUGAGUAAUCUAAUGCGUCGUUUAGGACACAACAUGUAUUACAUUCAAGCUGGGGACUGGGGUUCUCAGGUGGCGACCCAUAUGACGACCUUCAUACCUCAUGAAAUUUUAGGAUUUCACACAAAUAUGCCAGUUUCCUCAAGACCAAUCAGUUACGUAAAAUAUGUCAUUGGAUCUUUAUUCCCAAGCCUCAUAAUGGAUGAAAAGUACAUCAACCGAAUAUAUCCAAUAAGAAAAUUGUUUGAUUAUGUCCUGCGAGAAAGUGGUUACUUUCACUUACAAGCUACAAAACCAGACACAAUUGGAGUAGCACUAUCCGAUUCUCCAGCAGGACUAGCAGCAUAUACAUUAGAGAAAAUUGGUGUUUGCAGUAACAGGUAUCAGUUGAACACACCCCACGGGGGGCUUGAAAACAUUGACAGGAACGAUUUGAUGGAUACUGUCACCAUCGUAUGGGCAAAUGAGUGUAUCGUGACCUCUAUGAGGAUGUACGCCGAGGCAUUCGCUCAUGAAGAUGUAUUUUUGAUGCACAACAUUCCGACUCACGUGCCAACAGCUGCUAUAAAUUUCAAGCACGAAGUGGUGUAUCAACCUGACUGGAUAUUACAGGACAAGUUUCUUAAUCUUGUCCGAUCCACUACGCACGAUUUCGGGGGCCAUUUUGCAGCCAUGCAAACGCCGAAGGCAUUGGCCUACGACGUCUUUGAAUCAGUGAAGGAAAUCAUUAGGUUCAGACUUUAUUAUUAAGCGUGUGUACUUUUUUUUAUUUUUGUAUGUGUUUACUUUCGUAUUUAGUUUUACUUUGAGUGUGUUUACUUUUGUAUUUAAUUUUUAAGUUAAUAACAAGCGAUACACAUUGUCGCUGUAUUCUCAGGUGUGAACAAACAUCAAACAUCUCAAACUCAACUGAGAAAACGUGAAAGUGUGAAUUGUUUUGUGACAACAUCGCUUAUACCACCAAAUAUGUUUUUUAAUUUGCUUUUUAUUGUAAUUAUAAAUUUCUUUUUGUUGCCGUCGUCGAGCAUGAUAACUCAACAUCUACACGUAUCAGAGCUUCCAGCUUCAUGUGCCAAAAUACCAGUUCCGCCGGGCGUAACUUACUUUCCAUAAGUAUUACAAAUGAGAUAUUUCUAAUGUUGGCAAUUUAUAUGCCUACAGUCAGCGGGGGCAAAAGCCCAAUAGACGACAAAAUACGGGUCAAUGCUCAGGUAGGAAGUGCUGAUGGUACGGAAAAAUACUAUUCAAUUUAUUUAUAGUCUCAAACCUAAUAGUAAUUAAGGAACGGUUUGAAUGAAUUCAGGAAGUCUACUAAUUCUAAGGGCCAAAUAUCCUUUAAGUCUCAUGUAGUGUCGCAAUAAAUUUGAGCGCAAAAUGCGUUGAGGGCUAAUAUGAUCGUUGUAUUCAGCCAAACGGGCGAAAUCUAGCUCUCUUAAACAUUUCGAUACUUUAUAAUAAGGGGUAGAGGUAGCUUGGUAUUUAGGAUUGGUGUGGCUUCUAUAGUAAGCAUUGAAACAGUUCCCUAAUUACCAUAGGUGUCAAGAUUGAGACUUGAAGUAUCGUGUUCACGUACUUUUAACACUUCGUAUUUAAAGAUUGGCCAUCGAACCAACAUAGUAUAUAUACAUUUAUAGUAUAGAUACAUUUAAGGUACAUGCUAAGGAAAGGUCUGGCGUCUCUAGGAUUUGUUGUAUCUGUAAGAGCCACUGUCAAUUUCAAUUUUCACUGACAAGUACAGUAGGUUGUGUUACUUUUUAGCCACUGAACAAUAAAUGAAAACUGAAUUAUAAUAAUAACAUUAAUCUACUGUAUUUUCAGUACUGUAUUCUUAGCUAGCAGUACAAUAAGAUUUCUUUGGCAAGCUGGAAGCAAAAUUAUAUUCAAUGAAACAUGCCCUAAGUAUAACUGACAAUUUGAUAAUACAGACACUGUGACGUGAUUCCCUAUUGACGAACCAAACAAAAAUGUUUGGAUUACAUUGCUGUUGUGAUUGACCCUCAUAUUAAUUCUUAACAACCGGUACAUCGACCGUUAGUAGAUAUUUGUUUAAAGUAACGGGUACAAUUUGUACAAAUAAAAACUUGCGAUUAUUAUGCAAAGACACAGACUGAUCUCUUUCUAGUAUUAUUUUCUUUAUUAUGUAAUUAUCAUUCAAUGCAAUCAGGUAAUAAUAUCGUUUUUGAUAAUUUUUUAUAAUGUAAUGGCGUGAUUAUACAUGGUGUUAGGGUUAUUAUUUAUAAUGUAAAUUAUAA